AUGCAGGUUGCCCGUGCGAUCGGCCGGCGAAUCAUGUCGGGGUUCCAGCCCAUGUCGGUGUUUCAUACGCCAGAAAUUGGACCCGAACGGUCGAUGUUGCAGCAGUCCUACUACCUGAUUCGACACGGCGAGAAGCCUGACAGCGGCAACGGACUCAGCAGCCAGGGCGAAGAGCGCGCCCAGUGCCUGGUCAACGUCUUCGGCGCGAGCUCCAGCUACGACAUCGGCUAUAUCCUGGCUGAGAAGCCAGAGAGCAACGGCAAGCGCGCCCGCCCCUAUGAUACCGUCGAGCCCCUCGCCCAGUCCCUUGGGCUGACUGUCGACACGUCCUGCAGCAAGACUGACGCUAAAUGUGUUGCGAAGGCUGUGAAAAAGUACAGUGGCUCGGGGAACGUUCUGAUCUGCUGGGAGCACGGCGAAUUGACUGAUAUUGCGGAGGCCCUCGGAGACAAGAACCCUCCUACCUAUGACUCGAACAGCUUCAAUAUUAUCUGGACUAUGCCUCCUCCGUACAGUGAAGUUACCAGCCAGACCUCGGAGGACUGCCCUGGGCUUGACAACUAG